AUGGAACCGUUUACGUGUCGACGGUGCAACUACUGCAAUGAAGAUGUACCUGCAAACAGAUUGUUGGCACAUUCGAACACUAAAAAGCAUCAAAUCUUAUGCGGUCAAGAAAAAGACUCCGAGUACUCUGUCUACGUUGUUAAUAGUGCGUUCAAGUGUAGAAUUAUAACAUACAGAAUUAACGGUACCGCUAAAAUACUCGAUCCUAGAAUUUACCUGCUCAAGAUUAAACAAAAGUUUGAAGACGUGCUCAAGACGGAAUUACAAAUUCAUAAACACAUCAAGGUGAAUGUGAGCUUGCAUUGUACCUAUGUGAAAACGGACAGUGAUGGUGGUGUGAUGCGAGAUUUGAAAUCCUUCAAUACCAAGAACGCGAGUCUGCAUGAUGGUGCGUUAGACUUCCCAGAGUACUUCGAUAACACCGUGUUGUCCAUUUCCAAGAAGUCUGAAGAUUUCCAAGAACGUGAUAGUGGAUGGGCGCUUGAAAAGAUUGAAUAUUUCAACAUUAAUAUCAACAAAUAUAAACCGCUGAAGGCCUCCUCAUACAUACCUCUCCCGAGAGAGAUUCAAGGAAAAAGGGCAUGUGUGAACGUGAAAAACUCUGAUCACGCAUGUUUCUUUUGGGCGAUCGUUAGCGCUCUCUAUCCGAAGGAUAAAAAUAGCGAUCGCACAUCGUCAUAUCCGCACUACAGUAAUGUUUUAAAAUUAAAUCGUAUAAAGUGUCCCGUUACCUUUCUAGAUAUCAAAAGGUUUGAAAAAUUAAAUAAACUCAGUGUCAACGUGUACGGUAUCGAGGAUAAUAAUAAUAAUAAUAAUAAUGAAGGUAGCAACAUGAAAAAGAAGAACAAGGACUUGACAAUAUCACCUCUGCGCGUUUCAAAAGUGUAUGGGACUAUGGAAAAACAUGUGAAUUUGUUAUAUUACGAGAAGGGUAAUGUAUCGCAUUAUUGCUGGAUUAAAAACUUAUCGCGAUUAGUGCAUUCACAAAUUAGUAAACAUAAGAAUAAACUGUGGCUGUGUGAAGGUUGUUUACAACAUUUUUAUAAUAAUGAAAAACUUAAACUUCACCUUGCGAUUGGAUGCGGAAAUAAACUCAUACAACUGCCUGAAGGAGAGGAAAAAAUCGUAAAAUUCAAGAAUACUUCACAUAAGAUGAAAGUACCGUUUGUGAUUUAUGCCGAUUUUGAGUCUAUCCUAAUGCCUAUCGAGGGUGAACGCGGCCAAAAAUCUGCUUUCACCUACAACACUCACAAACAUGUAGCGUGUAGUUUCGCAUACUACAUUCAUUGUGAAUAUGAUUCGAAACUGUCACAGUUUAGGUUGCAUCGUGGAGAGGACUGCGUGAACAAAUUCAUUGAAAGCAUCUUCCAGGAUGCGGAACGUAUUGGGAAAACUCUAAACACAAUCAUACCGCCCUCAUCAUCAUCAUCAACAUCCUUAGACGAUCUGAACGAUCGCUGUCAUAUUUGUGAAAAGCUCAUUGAAAAUGGAGAAAGUUAUGUUAUCGAUCACUGUCAUCUCACGGGGAUCAUAAGAGGCAAAGUCCACAACUCUUGUAACCUAAACUACAAAGUACCAACAUUUAUACCUGUAAUAUUUCACAAUUUGAGCGGUUACGAUAGUCAUUUGUUUAUAAAAGAAUUGGCAAAGUCCGAGGGGGAGAUACGUUGUAUUCCCCACAAUAAAGAGAAAUACAUUUCUUUCUACAAAAAUCUUCCUGCAGAAAACAUAACCUUAAAAUUUAUCGACUCUUAUAAGUUUAUGGCGAGUAGCCUUGACGCACUAGUAAAAAACUUAUCGCGAGAGCAAUUUAAGAUAUUGCCUAAUUACUUACCAUCAUCAUCAUCAUCAUCAUCAUCACAGGAUUAUAACAACUCCAUCGACUCGGAGGUUUUCAUGAAGCUGUUAACUCGCAAAGGUGUUUAUCCCUAUGAAUAUGUGGACGGGUGGAGUAAACUUGAAGAAACCUCUCUGCCGAGUCAGAAUGACUUUUACAAUCAACUUACCAAUUCGAACGUCUCCGAUAAAGAUUAUCAACAUGCACAAGUCGUAUGGAAGACGUUCAAUAUUAAAACAUUAGGAGAGUAUUGCGACUUGUAUCUGCAGACAGAUGUCUUACUCUUGGCCGAAGUUUUCGAAAACUUUCGUGAAAUCUGCAUGAAUACAUAUAAAUUGGAUCCCUGUCAAUAUGUCACCGCACCUGGUUUAAGUUGGGAUGCGAUGUUAAAGUAUACCGGAAUCGAAUUAGAACUGUUCACUGAUUACGAAAUGAUACAAUUUAUUAAGAUGGGCAUAAGAGGGGGUAUUAGUCAAGUGAGCAAACGGUACGCUAAAGCAAACAACUGUUUCAUGAAAGAGUAUGAUGAAGAGCGAGACAGUAGCUUUAUUGUCUAUUUGGAUGUUAAUAAUCUUUAUGGCGAGGCAAUGUCUCGAUCGCUCCCCAUACGAAACUUUAAGUGGUUAAACAAAGAUGAAAUCAAACAGUUUGAUAUCACAUCACAGCUGCCUGAUAACGACAUUGGCUACAUCUUGGAAACAGAUUUAGAAUAUCCGCAAUAUUUACACGACUCUCACAACGAUUAUCCGUUUUGCGGGGAAACUAAAACACCGCCUGGGGGUAAAAUCAAAAAGCUUUUACUCACAUUCGAUAAGAAAAGUAACUAUGUCAUACAUUACCUCAAUCUAAAACAAUGUCUCCAAAAAGGCGUUGUGUGUAAGAAGAUACAUAGAAUUCUCGCUUUCGAUCAAUCGCCAUGGCUGAAACCAUACAUUGACUUAAACUCACUAAAGAGAGCGCAUGCGCAAAAUUCUUUUGAAAAGGAUUUUUUCAAACUAAUGAACAAUUCUAUAUUCGGAAAGACUAUUGAAAAUGUAGAGAAGAGAGUUGACGUUAAGCUGUGUCAUAAAUGGAGUAGUAAGAAAACACAAACAAAACCCCAAUAUGGGUUGGAACGAUACAUUUCAAAACCAAAUUUCCAUAGUAUUGCAAUAUUCUCCGAAGAGUUGGCCGCAGUACAGUUAAACAAAUCGAAAAUCGUCUACGAUAAACCCAUAUAUGUCGGUUUUGCAGUUUUAGAAUUAAGCAAAUAUUCAAUGUAUGGUUUCCACUAUGACUACAUGCUGCCCAAAUACGGCACGAAAUUGAGUCUCCUAUAUACUGAUACCGACUCUUUUGUUUAUCACAUUAUAACAAACAACUUUUACGAGGACAUUAAAUCGGAUUUGGAACAAAGAUUUGACACAUCAACCUUUCCCAAAGAUAAUAUUCACGGUGACAAGCCCAAACGGCGGUAUUGGGAGAACGGGUUAAUUAAGGGCAUCCGCUAG